UUAUUUCACAUUCUUAUCGCACUGGAAUCAGCACAGUCACCAUGACGCGGGAAGAAUUAUUGAUGCACGCACACAUCGGUGAGGAAGUUUAAUGCCAGCUCACUCGCUUUGCGAUAUUAUGCCAUUCGGCUGUUAUCGCGAUAUGCUGCUCUACGAGCGCAGUGAGAGUGCUCUGAUAAGUAUAGUUAGAAGCAGUCGAGUUGUGGGCCACACUCCGCGAUUGGUGCGAGUAGGCUGCAAUAACCUGCGUCGUCAAGAUGUUCUGUGCGCUACUUGGAUGGCUUGGGCUGUACGUUGCAGCUGUCUGGUUGUACGAAAAUCUGCGCUCUCCCGUCCUGCUGAUACUGGGCAGCAUUAAGCAGACUGUCUUCCGGCAGAAGCUCUCCCAGCGAUACGGAAAAUGGGCCGUCAUCACCGGCGCAUCGGAUGGCAUUGGCAAGGGUUACGCCCAUUAUCUCGCGCGCCAAGGUAUGGCGAUCGUGUUGGUAGCACGGAACGAAGCCAAGCUAGCUAAGGUGGCCGCCGAAAUUCAAACGAAGCACGGUGUGGAAACGAAGAUUGUGGUGGCCGAUUUCUCCAAAGGACCGGAAAUCUAUCCGCAUCUGGAGAGGGCGCUCGGUUCGCUCGACAUUGGCAUUCUCGUCAACAACGUUGGCGUAUCGCACGAUACGCCCAAGUUCGUGGACGAAGUACCGCAGUCGGUGAUUUGGGACUUGAUCAACGUGAAUGUGGCUGCCGCGACGCUGCUGUGCCAGAUGCUAGCUCCCGCGAUGAAACGACGCCAGCGUGGCCUCAUCGUGAACGUAUCCUCGAUUGCCUCAGUAUCCCCAUCACCCUGUAUGUCGAUCUAUGCCGCCACCAAAGCGUACAUGACCAGCUUCUCAGUGGCAUUGCGGGAAGAGCUCGGCCCGUUCGGUGUCGAGGUGCAGACCGUGCGACCGUCCUUUGUCCACACCAACAUGACGGACUUUCUGGUGAAGGACGCCAAGGACACGCGGAUGGAAAAGUAUUUGGUCACCGUCGACAGCUUUAUGGCGUACGCGGGAUGUACGAUCGGGAAGGUCGAUAUGACGUCGGGCCACUGGUCACACGGAUUGCAGAUCGCUGGGCUCUAUCUGAUACCGGAGGUGGCGCGUGUGUUCAUCCUGGGCCUAAUCAACAAGAAGCUGCGCGAUGAGUUUCACGCGAAAGGGAAGACAAAAUUGCGAUAACGAGAGGAGGGGUUCAUUUUACAACAAUAAAUAAGAUGAUAUGAAAAUG